UGUUUGCAAACACACUAAGUUAUCGGUGAUUAUUUAACAAUAAAUAAAGUUACAGAUUGUUGUUUUUUUCAAUUCUUGAAUAAAAAAAUAUGCGGCACGCUCAGUUUUUGGCCCGCACAAUCUUAGUGCAAAAUAACAAUGUGGAAGAGGCCUGCCGUCUGUUAAAUCGAGUUCUUGGCAAGGAAGAACUGUUUGAUCAAUUUCGGCGCACACGGUUCUAUGAGAAACCCUACCAGGUACGGCGGCGCAUCAAUUUUGAAAAGUGUAAGGCUAUCUACAACGAAGACAUGAAUCGCAAAAUCCAGUUUGUACUUCGCAAGAAUCGCGUGGAACCGUUCCCCGGCUGCAGUUAGAUGUACCCUAAUUUGUAUAAUUAUUUGUUUAUUAAAAAUAUAGAGGGUUUGUUAAGAAUCACAACAAAUUAGAAUAACCUAUGUGUAUAUAUAUUACUAAUAUCUAAAAUCUUCAAAAGAAUACACAAUGUUGUUUACAAUCAA